AUGGCCAUUCGUUUCACGGUGAACAAGUUUCCGCUCGAUCCGGAAUCGCGCGAUGCGACGGGUCUCCCGUGGGGCUGCGUUGUCCAACCAUUCGCUCUCGAUGACGAAGCGGGAAUCCCGGGAAGCGGCGUCGCCGCGAGCGUCGGCACCGGCGGAAGCAGCAUUCGAAAAUCGUCUUCUAAUUCCUCUAUCCCGCGCUUCGGCUCGUCGUCGUCUCUUAAUUCUGCGUCUGGCGGCACGGCUCUGCAGCCGCUUCCCGCGGCGCUUUCGCCGGCGCCGCUUCCGCUAGCUGAUGACGUGGCGCGGUGCGAGGAUUGCUAUGCGUAUAUCAAUCGGUACUGUGCGAUCGAUCGGUUUUCUUGGCGGUGCUCGCUGUGCGACGUCGUGAAUCCGUUCAGCGACGCGGAGCUGCGUCGCUACGGGGGAUCGAACGUCGCAGACGUCGCAGAGCUGUCGCACACGCUCGUCGAGCUGGACGUUGCCGCGGAGGGCGACGCUGACGAAGUGGAAUUCGAGCAAGGAGAGUCGCAGGGCGACGGAGAGGUCGCGGGUUCGACUCCGCAUGGGUUGGGAGAGCCAAUCAGCAGCUGCCACGUGUUGGACGAAGCGGAGAUUCGCAAGCGGCCGGUGUAUAUCGCCAUGGUUGACGUGUCAGGCUCAGAGGAGUUUCUGGAACUCGUUAAGAGCUCGCUGCUGGCCGCUUUAGAAGCGCUUUCGCCGGCUGCACUGUUCGGCCUGGUUACUUUCGGAAGCAAGGUCGGCCUUUAUGACCUACAGGGACCCGUAGCAGCAGUGAAAUCCGUCGCCAUCCCCGCCUCCUCUGCUCACCGCCUGCCCCUAGCCCUGGGCGAUCUCCUGCCUCUGCCCGCCUUCCUCGCGUCCCUCUCACGUCACAAGGAGCAUGCAGCUGCCGCCCUCGAGACCCUCCGCCCUGACCCUCCCCCCCUCGAUUUGGACGCGUCCGCUUCCCUUCCCCUGUUCUCACCCCCUUUGAAUCCUUCUCCACCCCUCCUCACCACACCUCCCCCCCUACCAGCCCUGGGCGAUCUCCUCCCUCUCCCCGCCUUCCUCGCGUCCCUCUCGCGUCACAAGGAGCACGCAGCUGCCGCCCUCGAAACCCUCCGCCCCGACCCUCCUCCCCUCGAUUUGGACGCGUCUGGAGGGGGGAAGGGCGGUGGGGGGAAGGGAGGAGCGGCGCAGGGCGCGGGGGGGAAGGGCGGAGGGGGGAAGGGAGGGAAGGACGCGGAGAGAGGGGGGAGGAAGGACGGUGUUAGGGGCUUCGGAACGGCUUUGGACGCCUUAAUUAGGUAUUUAGGGGGUAUGGAGGAUGGUCCGAGUGCUAGAAUAGCCAGAGGGCUUCGAGCUGACGUCAUCAAUACCAGUGGAAGUGGCGGCGGUGGUGGGGGUAACGUGAGCAUCGCCGCAGCAGCAGCGGCAGCAGCGGCCGCAGGGGAAGUAGGUCCCUUUGUAGGAGCCAGAUUGCUGGUUUUCCUCUCUGGAGCCCCGAACCACGGUAUGGGGGCGUUGAGUACGGUUCGGUACGAUACAGCUCUCGCUAGCCUGGCUGUAGCGGCGAGUCAGAGAAGCAGGAGCGCCAAGGAUGUAGCGGACCCGGUUGUAGCGGAUAAGGGGUUGCUACAGGAGCAGACGCCGUUUUAUAGGGAGCUUGCUGCGGCUGCGGUGCAAGCGGGGGUGUGCGUGGAUCUUGUGGAAAGCGGGGGUACUCUCUUCCUUUACCCUUCUUUAGACGAGGCUACCCUCCCUCAAGACAUUUACCGCAUGCUCUGCCGACCCUCCGCGUUCGGCGGGGUGCUCCGGCUCCGAACCUCCCGGGAGCUUCGGGCCGUCCGAGCCUAUGGUCACUUUUUCCCCGAUGCACAGUAUGAGAAUCUAUAUCAUAUCAUUCGGUGUGACCCAUUUGAUUCGUACGCGUUUGACUUGGAAUUUGCGGGGAAGGCUGGGUUUGGGGUGAAGGGGAGGUCUGGGAGAGAGAAGGGAGGGAGUGGUGGUGGUAACCGGGGAGCAGUGUUACAACUGGCGUUUCAGUAUACAGUGAUUAUUCCGGUGGAAGGGGGAGGGGAGAGGGGCGAGGGGGGUGGGACGGGUAAUGGGGCGGCUAGUAACGGGGAUGGGGCUGCUACAGAGGGGGCGAGGGAGAUAUACGAGUCUGCUGAUAACGAGGCCAUUGUCACUGUUCUCACACACAAGGUCAUCCGUGCAUCUCUGGAAGAGGGUGUGAGGGAAGGCAGACUCCUCCUACAGGACUGGCUGGUCAUUCUCACGGCCCACUACAACCACGCCUUCUCCUCUACCUCCUUUCUCUCCCUCUUCCCCCUUGGCACCCCACAGGUCAUCCGUGCAUCUCUGGAAGAGGGUGUGAGGGAAGGCAGACUCCUCCUACAGGACUGGCUGGUCAUUCUCACGGCCCACUACAACCACGCCUUCUCCUCUACCUCCUUUCUCUCCCUCUUCCCCCUUGGCACCCCACAGGUCAUCCGUGCAUCUCUGGAAGAGGGUGCGAGGGAAGGCAGACUCCUCCUACAGGACUGGCUGGUCAUUCUCACCGCCCAUUACAACCACGCCUUCGGACUCGCUCAGUUCAACCAACCCCACUCGGUCACUCGCCUAGACGUCUCCUUCUCAGCCUGCCCGCAGCUGCAGCCGCUGCCGCGGCUGGCUUUUGCGCUUCUCCGUUCGCCGCUCCUCCAGCUGCCGAGAGAAGGGGUUCACCCUGACUUGCGCACGUUCCUGCACUGCUUAUACAGCUCCCUCCUGCGGUCUCCGCUGCUGCAGCUGCCAAGGGAAGGGGUGCAUCCUGACUUGUGCACGUUCCUGCACUGCCUCUACAGCUCUCUCCUCUGCUCGCCGCUGCUGCAGCUGUCAAGGGAGGGGGUGCAUCCUGACUUGCGCACCUUCCUGCACUGCCUAUACAGCUGUCUGCAGAAUUCUCCUGCUGUAGCUGCCAAGUUCCCUGGACCCUUCAUUCCUCAUGCGGACAGUCUAACCAGUCCUCUCCUCCUACACCACUCUGCGCCUCACUCUCUCACCAAUCUGUACCUCGUUCUUUCCAUCUCUACCGCUCUCCACCCCUCUGUUGAUAUUCCCACUCCCUUUGUUGCUAUGUUCCCUGGACCCUUCCUUCCUCAUGCGGGCAGUCUACCCCGUCCUCUCCUCCUACACUCCUCACCGCCUCUCCUUCCCCCGCCACUCCCUACCACACUCUUUCCCAUGUCUACCGCUCUGCACCCUUCUGUUGAUAUUUCCACCCCUCCCCACCGCAGUUCCCUGGACCCUUCCUUCCUCAUGCGGGCAGUCUACCCCGUCCUCUCCUCCUACACCACUCCCGACCGACCCUUCUCCACCACUCUGUACCUCAUUCUUUUCCACCUCUACCGCUCUGCACCCCUCUGUUUUUCCCCCCACCGCAGUUCGCUCGAUCCUUCCUUCCUCAUGCGAGCAGUCUACCCCGUCCUCUCCUCCUACACCACUCCCGACCGCCCCGCAUUCCCCCGCCACUCCCUGAGCCGUGCUGCCCUCGUCACGAGCGGGAGCCCCAUAUUCCUGCUCGACGCAUUCAGCACCAUCGUCGUCUUCUACUCGCCCGCCGCUCCCCCCGACCUGCCCUUUCCCCCGCCACAAACAACCUUUCCCCGCCACUCCCUGAGCCGCGCGGCACUCGUCACCAGCGGAAGCCCCAUCUUCCUGCUCGAUGCAUUCAGCACCGUCAUCGUCUUCUACUCGCCUGCUGCUCCUGCAGACGAGACCUGCCCUUCCCACCGCCUCAAACGACGGGAGCCCCAUCUUCCUGCUAGACGCCCUGGCACACUUGCCCUGCAUGCCUCGUCACCAGCAGCACUCAUGCGUCACCAGCAGCACUCAUGCGUCACCAGCGGGAGCCCCAUUUUCCUGCUUGCCGCAUUCAGCACCAUCAUCGUCUUCUACUCGCCUGCUGCUCCCCCCGACCUCCCGUUCCCUCCACCGCAAACGAGUAAGUUGACCUUUGGUUCCGUAGGCAGAUGGCUGCUUGCCUCGCUACGUCACCAGCGGCAGCCCCAUCUUCCUGCUAGUCGCCCUGGCACACUUGCCCUGCAUGCCUCGUCACCAGCAGCACUCAUUCGUCACAGCACCCAUGCGUCACCAGCAGCACUCAUGCGUCACCAGCAGCACUCAUGCGUCACCAGCAGCACUCAUGCGUCACCAGCAGCACUCAUGCGUCACCAGCGGGAGCCCCAUCUUCCUGCUUGCCGCAUUCAGCACGCACCACCUGUCACCAGCGGCUUGCUGCGGACGACCAUCAACCGGCUGAAGGCCGACCGCAUAAUCACGCCGCGUACAAUCACCAUCCGGGGAGGCGUGGACAGCACAGCACCCUUUGAGACGUUUCUGAUUGAGGAGCAGGAUGUGGAUGGGGACGUGGAGGGCGGGGCGGUGGGCAUGGGGUUUGUUGCUUUCCUAGAGUCUAUAGCACGGGACGUGCGGGAGUACAUGAAGUAG